UCCCCUCCUCCCCUGCUCUCCCCCCCGCGCUGAUUUCCCUCCCCUCCGCCCGCCCUGCCUGUGUGUUUUCGCCGCCGCUCUCGCCGAGCCCCUUGGCAUGAGUUAAGCACCAGCCAUGGACACCAAACACUUCCUGCCGCUGGAUUUCUCCAACCAGGUGAAUUCCACAUCCCUGAACUCCCCCACGAGCCGGGGGCCCAUGGCCACGCCGUCCUUGCACCCGUCCAUCGGGCCGGGCAUCGGCUCCUCGCUGGGCUCGCCGGGCCAGCUGCACUCGCCCAUCAGCACCCUGAGCUCGCCCAUCAAUGGCAUGGGCCCCCCCUUCUCCGUCAUCAGCUCCCCCAUGGGCCCACACUCGAUGUCUGUCCCCUCCACGCCCAGCCUGGGAUUCGGCACCAGCAGCCCACAGCUCAACUCGCCCAUGAACUCCGUCACCAGCACAGAAGACAUCAAGCCGCCCCUGGGGCUCAACGGGGUCCUCAAAGUGCCAGCACAUCCCUCAGGAACGAUGGCCUCCUUCACCAAGCACAUAUGUGCCAUCUGCGGGGACAGAUCUUCGGGUAAACAUUACGGGGUUUACAGCUGCGAGGGCUGCAAAGGCUUCUUCAAGCGCACGGUGCGGAAGGACCUGACCUACACGUGCAGGGACAACAAGGACUGCCUGAUCGACAAGCGCCAGCGCAACCGCUGCCAGUACUGCCGCUACCAGAAGUGUCUGGCCAUGGGCAUGAAGAGAGAAGCCGUGCAGGAGGAGAGGCAGCGGGGCAAGGACCGCAACGAGAACGAGGUGGAGUCCACGAGCAGCGCCAACGAGGACAUGCCCGUGGAGAAGAUCCUGGAGGCUGAACUGGCCGUGGAGCCAAAGACAGAGACGUACAUCGAGGCCAACAUGGGCCUGACCCCCAGCUCGCCCAAUGACCCGGUGACAAACAUCUGCCAGGCUGCAGACAAACAGCUCUUCACCCUGGUGGAGUGGGCCAAGAGGAUCCCCCACUUCUCCGAGCUGCCCCUGGAUGACCAGGUCAUCUUGCUCAGAGCAGGGUGGAACGAGCUCCUAAUUGCCUCCUUCUCCCACCGCUCCAUAGCCGUGAAGGACGGGAUCCUGCUGGCCACGGGGCUGCACGUGCACCGGAACAGCGCCCACAGCGCCGGCGUCGGGGCCAUCUUCGACAGAGUACUGACAGAACUGGUGUCCAAAAUGCGGGACAUGCUGAUGGACAAGACAGAGCUGGGCUGCCUGCGAGCCAUCGUCCUCUUCAACCCCGACUCCAAGGGCCUCUCGAACCCGGCCGAGGUGGAGGCGCUGCGGGAGAAGGUGUACGCGUCACUAGAGGCUUACUGCAAACACAAAUACCCCGACCAGCCCGGCAGGUUUGCCAAGCUCCUGCUCCGCCUCCCAGCCCUGCGGUCCAUCGGCCUGAAAUGCCUGGAGCACCUCUUCUUCUUCAAGCUAAUAGGCGACACGCCCAUCGACACCUUCUUGAUGGAAAUGCUGGAAGCGCCGCACCAAAUGACUUAGAGAACUCUGCCGGGGGAUCACCGGCCUGUGCCGCCUUCCUCUGCUGGGAGUUCCCACCUCUUCUCUGCCUCCCCAAGCUCUCUGCUUGGCCCCCUUGGAAGAGGAUCAUUGACAGGAGACUCCUUCCAGUGCUCCCCACGGGUUUCAAAGCCACAAGAGCUCAGUUCAGCCAGUUUUAACUCUGACCUGACCCAGCCCCACAUCCCCAGGCACAAAUCAGACUGUUCUGGUGACAGCAGAGACACUUGGGGGACCAAUUUGUGGCAGUGAAAGGAUCAGCCCCGGGAAGUAUUCUCCAAUUCCAGAGCCAUUUGUACAUCCAGGCAGCCGUGGAUUCACUGGGGUCUGAUACGGGAUGCUCGCAGAGAAGAAAAAUUUGCAGUGGGAUGAGUGAGAGGAGGAAUUAGGUCCAGGGCAUCCCCACGCUGGGAUUUAGGAAUUCCCCCUGGACUGCUGGGUGCUGUGUGGCCGGUGCCAGCAUCCCUGCAGGAUCCUGGGGGCUCCCUGAGCCCUCAUCCCGCAGCCAAGCAGCAGCAAGGCAGCCGGCGGACGCGAUUUGUGGCUGGCUCUCUGCUGUUGUCGCUCCAACCAUUCCACCUGAGGAGGCAAUAAAGAUGAAAGCCGAUAAUAAGCAGCCAGGCAUCAUUUCAGGGCCGGGGGGAAGGCUGUAAUUUACGGUGCCAGGGCUGCAGGGAGUCCAACUGAGGCUGGGUUAUUGACAGCAAGCCUGUGUGGGUUUGUUUCUUACGGUACUUACGCGCGCUCCGAGCGCUCGAGGGUGACGUUUGUAAAAAUCUAAAAAUACGCAGCCGGCAGCGAACUUCCAGCAGCAGGGAAGGAAGGAGAAGGAUUUGUGCCCAGAGCAUCGUGAACUUUAAGGGAAGUGUGUUUGUGGGAAAGGUUUUGAAGGGGUUGGAGGAGAGGGGCAAGCUCUAGACUCUGGAGCUGGCUGGGGGCUGUUGGGUUUUGCCGGGGGACUUUAUCCAGGGAAAACUCUCGACUCUUCCCAGGGAUGUAAAUCAGGAAUGCUGCUGGAGCCAGGGCAGCUCCGACAAAGGAACCAGGUGUUUUUGUGCUGCCCCGGGUUGUCACCGCUACACCCAGUUCUAGGGAGAGCGCUGGGUGGGGUCUGUGCUCCCAGAGGAUUAUUCCCAGGCAGGUGUGAGCUGAUCCUGGGCUGAUCCUGCUCCAUGGCUUUUAUUCUGGAGCAUUUCUGGACCAGGCCAGCUCGAGGCUGAGGGCAAACCUGGCUGUGGUGAGAGCUGUGUCCCCUCUGAGGUGCUCCAGAGCUCAGGGCUACCCCACAGCUCCAUGUAAAUAAGGGAUUUAACCUCAAGGGAAGAGGAUUUGGAUUGUUUUUUGGGUUUUUUCCUGCCAAAAACAAGCUGUAAAGCAUCACUUUCCCUGCAACUACAAGGACUUAACUCCACAAAUCCAAGGACCCCCAUGAUGAAGAGAUGUCACCGACCCCUUCCCCAGGAGAUUCAACCCAUCCUUCUCUUCCAGCCCUGGUCCUGUGGGGGAGGGAGGAGGUGGAUCCAGGAAACACAAGGAAUGAGUAAUCUCUCUGCUGCCUCUGCCAAGGGACCAGAACCAGCCCCACGAGCAUCCCACUGCUUGCCAGAGCUCUGGGGUGUCGGCAGGGUUGUGAUUUAUGGCAAUCAAUCCGUCAGCCUUAUUUAUAGCAGCAGCUCCCCGUGGGAUUUCACACAGGGAGAUUGCCUUGUUCCGUGGCCUCCCUCCUGCCAAAACCAUCCCCGGGCCUCCCAACCUUCCUGGAGGCUUUUGUCUUGUCUCUGCCCUGCCCAUGCGGGGAGCUGGCAUUCCUGCCCCAUCCCGAGCCACUUUCCCCAUCCUCAUUCCUGCAUCAGGGCAUGUUCUGACAGCCAGAGGUUUCCAGAAGUGGAGGAGGAUUGCACUGGGCAGGCACAGGGCUCUCUGCCUAGCGAGAAUGUGGAUUUUCUUGAUUAUUUUAUGUAUUUUCUUGAUUAAAA